GCGAGGGAUAGUGACGGACCGAAGAUAAGCUCGUCUUGCAGCUACAUUCUGCGCUUUGGGAGCCUAGCAGAGGUGGUCGAGUGUUUCACUCCCUCGAGAUGGCUCAGACGGUGGGACGGAACUUGGCAGCACCGCUGCUGUUCCUCAACUUCAUAAUGUACAUAAUAGUGAUCGGCUUCGCGAGCUGGAACCUCAACCACUUCAUCAAUGGCCAGACUAAUUACCCUGGUGUGGCGGGCAAUGGUGCAACCUUCUACUUCCUAGUCUUCGCCAUUCUGGCCGGAGUGGUGGGAGCAGCGUCCAAGCUCGCGGGAGCAAACCACAUAAGAUCAUGGAGGAAUGAUAGCCUCGCAGCUGCGGCCGCUUCGUCCAUCGUCGCAUGGGCGAUCACCGCCUUAGCCUUCGGAGUGGCGUGCAAGGAGAUCGCCAUCGGAGGCCACCGAGGGUGGAGGCUGAGAGUCCUCGAGGCCUUCAUCAUAAUCCUGGCCUUCACACAGCUGCUCUACGUAUUGCUGCUCCAUGCCGGGAUGUUCAGCAGCAAAUAUGGGCCUGGGUAUCGAGAUCCGGACUAUGUGGUGGGUGGUGGACCUGGAGAAGUGAAAGGAACCAGAAUCUAGGGCCUAUCAAAACUCUUAAUAAUGUGAUCAAGGAAUGGGUCGUCUCAAUGUUGAAGUUUUUGGCUCAACUGUUCUGCGUUUAUCCUCGUACUUCAGUCGCCAGAAAUAUUUAUCUCGAUCUUGUAUAGUGGUCCUUUGAGUAAUCGUAGCAAUACUUAUCUAAGGGGUUGCAUCACCUUU